GUUUUCUCUUCUUCCACCUCGGGUGGGUUUUAAAAACAGAAAGUAACUCGUGGGAUGUAGCGAACGAACGAGACAGCGUGUCACACAUCAGUCCACACAGAAGACAGCGUGGGCCCUUCCUGAACAAACCAGCCGCAGAGACCAGCCUGCACAGCACAGCAGACCAGCACAAACAACCACAUCCCAGGGCCUCUGAUAAUGUGCAGUGAGAUGUACAUGAUAAUGGAGAGGGCGACUGUUUGGAAAAUGGAGAUGAAGGGCAGCUGAAGACGACACACCACGUCCCCUGGCUGUCCCAGGAAGAGCAGCAGACUGAGACACAUUGCCAUCAGGCUGAGAAGAGCAAUGAAACUCAGGGCCCCACCCGAGGCCUUUACCAUCGGGGUCCCCCGGUGCCGCAGGAACACGACACUGACUGACCCCUGACACAGCAGCAACAGCACCCCAGCGCACGUCAUUUCCAGAGCUACAAUUGUGUCCCAGGACAACACAUCGAAGGGUCGUAUGUCAUGAUGUCAGCCGCCGGUGAGCGUGGCUCCAGUCGUGAAAAGCUCUUGUUCCUCCGUGAUUCUGGCUCCAUUCAGGCACCGCGUCCAUGGAGAGGAGCCCCUGUGUAGUGAUUCUGUCCCACGGCCGUGUGCCAACCAAACUGCAUGACUCAAGGCUUUGUGCCACACCAGAGGCAGGGGCAGCCAGCCGGGCGAUCUCAGUGUUUCCUGGCUUUGAUGCGACCCGAGUGUGCCUGGAGCAUGUCCACAGUGGGCCUGACUGCCCAGGAGAUCUCUUUUCCCAUAGAAAACCCCUUCCUGCGGGGCAGCUACUGUCACAGCAUGGCUGGAUCCAAACCCUGGAGCUACCCCCAUGAGCUGAGCAACUUCUACAUCAGUAUGGGCAGUGCACACACCGAUCACAGCUCUCAAGCCCAACACAAGGUGCCACCGCCACCAUCUCUAAGUUAUGAGAGACAAAAGCACAGUCCCCACACACAGAGAUUACCUCCAAAGAAAUGCCGGCCCUCCCAUCUCUCCCUGUCCUGCAGUGCUGAACCCUCCACCCCAAGUCCUGCUGAUGACGACCAGGUGGUCCCAAUAUUCCAGAGGCUCUCAGUGUGCAGCAGUCCACCACAGACACCGGACAGAUGCUCCAAGCCUCUGCCCCCCAUCCCUUUACAAACAGACAUCUCCCCCGAGCAGGCCAUGGACAAUGAGGUCGAAUUUUUCACGAGUUCGGAUGACAGCUGUUGUCUGGUGUCCGAUCAGUGUCGCAAAUCGUCUCCGUUUCGAUAUGGGGUCCUCAGCCGGAGGAGCUUCAGGGACUGCGGGCGGAUUAACUAUGCUUACUCCUACUACGACGGACCACAGAGCCAGCGGCAGCCCCAACAGCACCAUCACACACAUCCUCCGCAGGAAGUACGGGAACAUAAUGAGCAGCGGCGACCGGAGCCGCCUGAGCCGGUGGUCUGUCAGAGGCAGCAGGACAAGGCUCAGAGGAGGCUGCGGCGCUCUCACUCUGGCCCAGCUGGAUCCUUUAACAAGCCCUCGCUGCUGCGCCUCACUUACCACAAACGCCACACGCAGAGUAUGGAUAAACCAGAGGUGCCGCCCCCUAUCCCUCCUCGAACAGUCAAGACAGGAGACUACCGCCGCUGGUCAGCCGAGGUCUCAUCCGGGGCUUAUAGUGAUGAGGACAAACCACCCAAGGUGCCGCCAAGGGAACCUUUGUCCAGAGGCAGCUCGCGUACCCCGAGCCCCAAGAGCCUCCCAACGUACAUUAACGGGGUGAUGCCCCCUACCCAAAGCUUUGCACCAGAUCCCAAUUAUGUAAGCUAUCGAGGUUUACAGAGACAGAACAGUGAGGGCUCCCCCUGCAUCCUUCCUGUUAUGGAGAAUGGCGAGAAGGUCAGCAGCACACAUUACUAUCUCACACAUUAACGGCGGCCGUCCUUCUUGGACUCGCCACGUGUGGAGAAAUAUCCUCGGGUCAUGGACAGCCCUGCAGCUCGCAAUACAGACGUAUCAGACUGGGACCGCGACAUCAGGCGGAACGUGGAUUUAGUUUGAAUAGUGUUAGUGGAGGUAGCAGAGGACUCUACCGUACAUGAGCAAAAACCACUUGACAAAACAGUGAAACUGGAUGUUAACAACCCUCAAAUUGCUGCUUUUACUGUUUUUUGUGUUUUUAAUGAACCCCUUAUGUAUUCUGAUCACACAGGGUAUGUGCGCACUGUAUUCAGUUACUUGUAAUGUUGGAGUAGCACACAAUCCGGAUACUUUUUUCUUAAAAAUUGUAUCUCUGACUAUAGGUCGUGGGCAAAAUUCAAGACCGCAGAGCUUAUUUUUUUAUAUGAUUUUUAUUUCAUGACAUUCAAUAUUGUGCUGUUUAUUUUGGGUUUUUUUGCCGAUUUAUGUGGUACAGUCAGAAAGGUACAAGCGGGCCUUGAACCUCAUUUGCUCAGUAUUUUGUGUCUAAGAUUAAGGCUGUUUUGUGAGAUGCGCCGGGGCUUUCUGACGCUGCUUUUCGUAUCUCACAGGGGACAGAAGGUCAAUAAUGUAACCGUGGAUUGCUUAAUAUAUGAAGUCUAAACACAAGGCCAAUUAAUUUUUAACAAAGUGAAGGAUGCUUGCGCACAAAUCUUCUUACUGUUUGCUAUUAUAUAUCAACACUGAUGGUUUCCCUGCCUCGAUGAGUUUUCAGUCUUAUUCAGGCCACUAUAUCCGUGUAAAUGUGUGUUUCCCACAUGGCACUUUGUCAUGAUACAUUUUGUCCUAAGAUGGGGGUACAGUACUGGUAGCUAUGCAUGUUUCCAAUGGAAUGUCUAGAGCAGCUUCGAUGGUUCGGUUGUCUGUUGAUGAGUGCGUUUGUGUAAAUGUAUGUGCGUGGACAUGGAAAAGUGUUCUGGUGAUACUGGUGAAUAGUCAUCCCUAUUUGUUACUGAGCUUGGCUUGUUCGCAGUACCUGUUUUUUUUUGUAGCUCAGCCCUCAGAUGGCUUUCUUUCACAGAAAUUGGCCUGUUGGAACAUAAAUGAAUGUAUGCUAUUCUUACUGAAAUUCCAUCAAACAGUUGGUGGAGCUAAUGUUUUGGGUCAAGCUGUGAGACAUUGCCUGGAAGGAAUUUGCCUCAAAUACUACCUCCCUUUUGAUAUCAAUCCUAUACUUCAUAUACUCCCCAAUUUAAAUUGUGUCCUAAGGUAACAAUCUGACAUUAUAAUUUACGACACAUGAAGUCACAUCUGCGACCUGAGACCUGAAGUUUUAAUUCACCUCAGUUAACAGUGACACAAAGUCCAGUAUAACCGAAUAUCCUUUGAACAGAGAGUUCAGACGGGGCAGAUCUUAGAUCACAGAGAUGUGAGGAGGCUAACCUGUUAAUACAGAUGCAUUACAAAGACAGUGCAGGGUUUACCUCCCUGACACAGACUUUCCUGUUCUGCUCAUGCAUUCCUGCCUUACAUGAUUGCAGUGGGUGUGGUCUGAGAGACUUUGGCUGCUGGCAGCCUAGAAAAUGUAUGAACUUUUUAUUGUUGUAGAUUAUUCAAGAAGCGUCAGGAUGAUAUAGUAAAUGUAGCAUAUGUAUUGAAGUAACCCUUGCUAUCGAACACGGUGUUCAAUUUGGGAAACAUAACUGCUAAGGUCAAACGGUCAUUGAAGUAUACUUUCUCUCACCAUUGCCAACACAAUGUUGCUUUUGACUUAAGUGUUUGAAAGAGGAAAAAAAAAAGUUUACAUCAUACACUGAUACUAUUUAAUCUUAAGGUAUUCACAUGUCUUAUUAGAAAUAAUAAAACUGAAUGAAGACUUGUUUAUUCUCUGCUGUGGUGAAGACAUGCACUGGGAGAGUACAGUAUGCUGUGUACAGUAUUUAACUAUUCCAUUUGUUAAUAUGAAUAGUAGAUAUAAGUAUAUAGUCUUUAAAAAGAAAGCAAAAAAUAAAAUGACUUAUUUAUGA